AUGGCUCCAUGGGCAAGGGGGAGUUCAAAGACCAUUGUAUUGGGUCAAGAAAUUCUAAAAGAAGUAUGGGCUGACAUGGCAACUACCACUCUGCCAUCAUGGAUGACAAGGCCUCCUUGCAACUUGGGUAGUCCUGGGCAUGGGGAACUCAGAGCAGAUCAGUGGAGAAGUGCAUGCCUUGUUCAUCUUGUUAUCACCCUUGUCUGCCUCUGGGGCCAUUUUCAUGUGGGAAGUCAGGAGAAAUCCAUGCUGGACAACUACAUUGCACUUGUCAUUGCUGUCUGGUGGGCUACUAGGAGGUCAACAUCUGAUGACCAUGUGGAAAUUGUUAACUCCUACCUUCAUUACUACCUCACAUCACUGGUGAAGUUGUAUACAACAGAAGCACUCCAGCCUUCCCAUCAUUUAUCACUUCACCUAUCUCAGUGCAUCCAGCUCUUUGGACCUGUACAUGGAUGGUGGUCUUUUCCUUUUGAACAUUUCAAUGGUAUUAUUCAACAGUACCACACAAAUAAUAAAAUUGGUGAACUAGAGUUGACAUUCAUGAAAGCCUUUUGCCAAGGUGGGAAUCUUCAUGCACUGCUUCAACACCAGUCAGGGUUCCCUCAGGUAUUGGAUGCACUGAAGCCACUGAUCCAUAAACAUUAUGGUGAUACUGUGUUCAACAGUACACUCACCAGUGAUCUAGCAACCUUGGCCAAACCUGCAAAUCCAUUAGUUCCAGAAACUGGAGGAUUGGACCAUCCCAAGACCCUUCCCAAUGACAUCUAUGAACUCCUGCUUGCCUGA